AAUUUUAACCUGUUAAAUAAAUAACAAAAUUUUCAGGAAAAAUGUUUUUUUCUCUCUUUUCUAGUUUGCCAAAACCUUUGCUAAUAGGAAGUGGUUUAGCCGCAGCAUUUGGUGCUAGUGUAUUACUUAAGUAUACCAAAAUUUCAUAUUUCUAUUUCCAACCUUUUUCUUUGGGACUGUUAUUCAAAUAUCAACAAUAAAGUAUAGAUUAUUCUUUCAACGGAACUAUACUUCUUUUUAAGUUAAGAUUCAAAUACUUUUGAAAUGCCCAUCAGCUCCCUCAUAUCAUGUUUUGUAUAAAAGUGUAGAAUCACUUAUUUAAUGUAGAACGGAACUUAGAAAAGAAGAUACCUCCAAUAAUAUUCAAGAAACCAGUGGGGGGGCUAAAUACAGCAGUGAUGUUAUGAUUGAAAACAAAGUGGUUAUUAUCACUGGAUCUAAUACAGGAAUAGGGAAAGAAACAGCAAGAGAUCUAGCUGGGCGUAAAGCUAAAGUUUAUAUGGCUUGCAGAGACAUGAAAAAAUGUGAAGCUGCCAGGGAAGAAAUCGUAUUAGAAACUGGAAAUAAAUAUGUAUAUUGCAGAAAAUGUGACUUAGCAUCAAUGGAAUCUAUUAGGAAAUUUGUAAAGCAGUUUAAAAAAGAAGAGAAACGCUUAGAUAUACUCAUAAACAAUGCAGGUGUUAUGAGGCCUCCUUAUUCUAAAACUCGUGAUGGUUUUGAAUUACAGUUAGGUGUUAAUCAUAUGGGUCAUUUUCUAUUAACUAAUUUAUUAUUAGAUAAUUUGAAACAAAGUUCACCAAGCAGAAUAAUCAAUAUAUCUAGUAUAGCUCACAUGAGGGGAAAAAUAAAUAAAGAGGAUUUAAAUAGUGAGACCAAAUAUGAUGAGGCAGAUGCUUAUGCUCAAAGCAAAUUAGCAAAUGUAUUAUUCACCAUUGAGCUAGCUAAAAGAUUGGAAGGUACUGGUGUUACAGUUAAUGCUGUACACCCUGGUAUUGUUGAUACAGAAAUAAAUAGACACAUGAGCUUUUAUAAUAGCUGGGUGUCAACAAUCUUUAUAAAACCUUUUGUUUGGCCAUUCAUUAAGAAUCCUAAACAAGGAACUCAUACAGUAAUUUAUGCUUCAUGUAAACCAGAAUUAGAGAAAGUUAGUGGAAAAUAUUUCAGUAAUUGCGAGGAAAGUGAAGUGUCAGAUCUUGCAAAAGAUCAAUCACUUCAAAAAUGGUUAUGGGCUGUCAGCGAAAGAUGGACAAGGUUGAAUGAAACUAAAAAUUAGAAUAUAAAUACUGUAUUUGUAAAUAUUAUGUAAAUGAAUAUUAAAUUUUUAUGUUUU